GGACAAAGCACGUGACUGAGGGGAGGGGGGAAUAGAACGUCCCCGGGAGCCUUUGGAACGUGGAGCUGCAAAGGGGAAGAGGAGGCGGUCCUGCAGCUAAGCAGCCCAAGGAGGAGCACAGUGAGAGACUGGCUGCAUUCCUAAUUGGGACCCAGAUGAGUAGCAGUUGAUCACGUGUGUCCAGGAGACUUGGGGUGACUUUGGCCAGUGGGCACCAGGAUCAACGUGACUUGAAGCAAAUGUCAAGCCAGACACCACCAAGAGAGGAGGGAGAUGGAGUGAAGCUGUGUGACAAAGAGGAGCUGAACAGAAAGAUUAAAGAGCAAAAAGUUAUAGUUGAUGAACUUUCCAACCUGAAGAAGAAUCGGAAGGUUUACAAACUACAGCGCAACAGCAACAUACUCUUUCUAGUGGACAGGACCCAAACACUAUCAGAAUCCAAAAACGUUUUAGAUGAGUUGAAGAAAGCACAUCAGGAAAUGGAAAAUUCUGAAAAAGCCAAAAUCAAGAAAUAGCUAAAUCAAACACCAGUUCAAAAUGUGUGGGAUUUGCUGCCUGGUCAGCUUGUCUGAUCAUCCUCCUAACAUUUCUCUCUUGAAAGAGGAUAUUUUAUGUAACCUAAGAAGAAGAGGGCCCAGUAGUAGCCAAGAACUGGUGAAGACUGUGCUCCACCUUCCCUUUCAUUGCUUAUUUUCUGGCCAUGUACUUCACUUAAGGGGGCAGAAGACUCCACAGCCGCUGGAAGAUCUUACUGGUGAUAAUGUAUUUCUUUGGAAUGGAGAGGUAUUUGGUGGAAUCCAUGUAGAAGCUGAAGAGAAUGACACUGAAGUUAUUUUUCACCAACUCUGUUCCUGCAGUAAUGAAUCAGACAUUCUGUCAGUGCUGUCUUCCAUUCAAGGCCCAUGGUCUUUCAUUUUUUAUCAAGCAUCCAAGCAUUGUUUGUGGUUUGGCAGAGAUUUUUUUGGUCGUCGCAGUCUCCUGUGGCAAUUUAAUAAGGAGUUGGACAACAUUCUUGCUCUCACCUCUGUAAGCGUUAUGUCUGAUCAUCAGUGGUGGGAAGUACCAGCGUUGGGAAUCUUCAAAAUGGACCUCCAGGACUGUGCUGCAUCUAAAGCUGUGACACUGACAUUGCAUCAGUGGAAAUAUCCUUCCAGAGAGAAUAUAACUGAAGAAGGUGACUUUCAAAUCAUUUCCAAACAUUUACCAACUUAUGUGUCUCUGGUAAUAAAUGAAUCCCACUCAUUGACAGCUCCUGUCAUUCCUCUGAAUAAGGAGAUCUGUAACGUGCCAGAGGAGUCCCAGUUCCUCAGUUUUAUCAAAAAUGUAGAUGAUGUGCAAGUUCUUCAUAUGUUUCUUGCUGAACACCACAAGAAGGAAUUAGUUCACCAAUUUAUUGAUGUAUUGAGUCGAGCUGUAAGGAAACGAGUCUUAUGUCUGGUUAGAGAGACUGAUCAGUUAAGAAGAGAUGCAUCAGGGAUAGCUGAAAUUGCAAUACUUUUUUCUGGUGGCGUUGACUCCAUUCUUAUAGCAACCCUUGCUGAUAGACACGUGCCUGUGGAAGAACCCAUUGAUCUUCUUAACGUGGCUUUCAUGGUUCCAGAACAAAGUUAUCAAAACAGUUCCACAAAGAAGCAUUGCAGAGAGAAGAAACAGUUGCCACCUAGUCCAGAAUGCUUACAUGCCAACUGCAUUGUGACUAGCAACUGUGUGUCAUUUUUUAAUGUGCCUGACAGAAUUACAGGCAGAGCAGGACUGAAAGAACUGCAAAGUAUUAAUCCUUCAAGAUUGUGGAAUUUUGUGGAAAUCAAUGUUACACUUGAGGACUUAAAAGCAAUGAGACAAGAACAUAUACGUCACUUGGUUUAUCCGUUAGACACUGUUUUGGAUGAUAGCAUUGGUUGCGCUGUGUGGUUUGCUUCCAGAGGAGAAGGACUAAUUACCAACAAGGGAUAUGUAAAGCCAUAUAAAAGUCCUGCAAAGAUUGUACUUACAGGGAUUGGAGCAGAUGAGCAGCUUGCUGGCUAUUCCAGACACCGUGCUUGUUUCGAAAAAUAUGGUCUGGAACGGUUGAAUGAAGAGCUGGGAAUGGAACUGGGACGUAUUUCUUCUAGAAAUCUUGGGCGAGAUGAUAGAGUUAUUGGGGAUCAUGGCAAAGAAGCUAGAUUUCCUUUUCUUGAUGAAGAAGUUGUAUCCUUUCUUAACUCCCUCCCUGUUUGGGAGAAAGCAAACUUGGCUGUACGUCGGGGCAUUGGAGAGAAACUGCUUUUGCGCCUGGCAGCUGCUGAGCUUGGCUUGACUACCUCUUCAGUUCUGCCAAAAAGGGCCAUGCAGUUUGGCUCCAGGAUUGCUAAAAUGGAGAACAGAAAUGAAAAGGCAUCUGACAAAUGCAAAAGACUCCAGCCACUUUCAGCAGAGUAGCUCUGUAUAGGGUUGAAGGUGACCUUUUAAAAAAACAAUUACACAGUUGACAAAAUUAAAGACCCUUCUGUUACGGCAGUGAUUCUAUGCACUUAUUUGGGAGUAAGCCCCUUUUGAAUGAUUAGACUGCAUGUCCUGUUGAAAACAGUCCAAGGAAGGUUAACAUCUAAGUUCUAUUGAUUUUAAUGGAACUCGGUCAUUACUACACAGACUCGAUUGUCCCAACAGUGUGCCAAAAGAUGUUUCUGUGUCAUGUAUGUGAAACAAAAUAAAGCUGGUUGUUGGUUU